AAAUACGCGGAGGAAUCCUGCUCAAUUUUGAUAUCUUCUGUUUUUGAACCCUGUCACCAUGAAGUCAGUCCUACUCCCUAUGUGAAGAACUGCCAUUUUGAUGUUUGCUCUUGCUUCAGUGGCAAGGAUUGCUUGUGCUCCUCUAUUACUAAUUAUGCAACAGCAUGUGCUAGGAAGAAUGUUGUGGUCCAGUGGAGAGCACCUGAUUUUUGCCCAAUGACCUGUCCUGAAGGCCAAAUUUACCAGCAGUGUGGGACACUGUGCAACCAGACGUGCCGAUCUCUGUCCUUCCCAGAUGAAAACUGUGAUGAAUUCUGCAUGGAAGGCUGUUACUGCCCACCUGGGCACUACCUAGAUGAGAAUGAGGAGUGUGUACUAAAGUCCCGGUGCUCUUGUUACUAUGAUGGUGAGAUCUUCCAGCCAGAGGAUAUCUUCUCGGAUCAUUAUACUAUGUGCUAUUGUGAAGAUGGUUUCAUGCACUGCAGUAAAAGUAGAGCUCCUGGUGCCUUAUUACCAGAUGUUUUCGCUGAUGAGAAGCCUUCUGCCAGAAUCAAAAGGAGCUUGACAUGCAGAUCACCCAUGGUAACAUUUAUCUGUCCUGAAAAUAACCCAAGAGCUGAAGGGUUGGAGUGUGCCAAAACUUGCCAGAAUUUUGACCUGGAAUGCAUCAGCCAUGGCUGUGUGUCUGGAUGCCUAUGUCCGAAAGGGAUGGUGCGACAUGAGAACAAAUGUGUUGCUCCUGACAGAUGCCCGUGUUUUCACAAUGGAAGAGAAUAUGCCAAGGGAGAGACAGUGACUAAGGACUGCAACACUUGUGUAUGUCAUGGUCGAAAGUGGGAAUGCACCAAAAAUAUCUGCGAUGGUACCUGCACUGUUAUUGGUACAGCUCAUUAUUUGACAUUUGAUGGAAUGAAAUACAAGUUUCCAGGAGAAUGUCAGUAUGUAUUAGUUCAGGAUUUCUGCAAGAAUAACUCUGGGACAUUCCGGAUACUGAUUUCAAAUGAAGGGUGCAGCUUCACUGGUGAAAAGUGCACCAAAAGGGUUAUCAUUUUGUAUAAAGGUGGAGAAAUAGAGUUGCUUAAUGGAAAUGUAAACAUUAAGGUAUCUCCUAAAGACAGCCGUGACUUAGAAGUCAUGAAGUCUGGCCGUUAUUACAUCAUUUUACUGAGCAAAAGCAUCACUGUGACAUGGGAUCUUGCCAUGGGAGUCUCAGUUAUCUUAAAAGCUGAUUUCAAUGAUCGGGUGUGUGGUCUAUGUGGAAAUUUUGAUGGAAUCCAAAACAAUGAUUUGACCAGCAGCAAUGAACAUCUUGAAGUGGAUCCAGUUGACUUUGGAAACUCUUGGAAAGUUAAUACAUACUGUGCUGAUGUCAAAAAGUUCAACUGGGAACAGGCCCUGGUGUCUCCACUGUGUAAUGACAACGUAUUGAAGCAGGUGAUGGUAGAAACAUCAUGCAACAUUCUGUCUGGAGGUCUCUUUGAAGAAUGCAAAAAGCUUGUGAAUCCUGAGCCCUAUAUAGAUAUUUGCAUGUAUGACACUUGUGCCUGUGAAUCUAUUGGAGACUGUGCUUGUUUCUGUGAUGCUAUAGCAGCCUAUGCACAUGUCUGUGCACAAAAAGGUGUCAUUGUUCACUGGAGAUCACGAGAUCUGUGCCCACAAAGCUGUGAGGACCUAAAUAAACAAGAAUUAGAUAAUCAAUGUGAAUGGAGAUACAAUAGCUGUGGACCUGCUUGUCCUAUAACAUGCCAACACGCACAACCUUUGAAGUGCCCUUUACAGUGUGUAGAAGGAUGCCACGUUCACUGUCCUGCAGGGAAAAUACUUGAUGAACUAUCCCUGGAUUGUGUCAGUCCAGAAGACUGUCCAGUGUGUGCAGUUGGAGAUGUCAAGAUCCCACAUGGAAGGAGAGUAGUUUUGAGCAGAGAUCAUCCGCAGCACUGUCAAUCUUGUCUGUGUGAAGGGAAGAAUUUAUCCUGUGUGCCCUGUGAACCAGUGAAGGAAAUCCUAACACUAACACCUGCUCCAGAGGAGGACAGAGAACUUGCACCUAGUGAAUAUUCAUGCAGCAAGAUGAUGGACUUGGCCUUUCUAGUGGAUGGCUCCAAUAAACUGUCAGAGGAAGACUUUGAACAGCUGAAGACUUUCAUAAUUGGAAUGAUGAACAAACUCCACAUCUCUCAAAAGAAAAUCCGAGUGUCAAUUCUGGUAUAUAGGGCUGGGCCUACAAUCUAUCUUGGCCUUAAAGAUAUCAAAACACAGUCCCAGAUGAAAAAAAUUGUCCAAAGCAUAAAAUACACAGGUGAUGAAGUAGCAUCUGUUGCUGAAGUCCUUAAAUACAUUGUGUUUCAAGUGUUUGGAAAAGCAGAAAGGACUAAUGCUGCCCAAAUUGCGAUGCUAUUUCUAGCAAGCAAGUCUCCAGGAAAAGUCCGCACCAUCAUUCCAGCCUUGAAGAAUAAAAAAAUUACAGUUAUACCUGUGGGAAUUGGACCGUAUGUUAAUGUGGAACAAAUCAGAUUCAUUGAAAAGCAGUUACAUACUAGAGCUUUUCAAAUGAACAAUGUGUUGGAGCUAAUGGAUAACAGAGAUCUUCUAAUCGAUUAUCUGUGUGAUCUCGGGCCUGCAGAAAGUUCUCCUGUACCCACUCCAACAAUGUCUAAUGACGUAUUUACCCAGAGGGUGCUUACAGUACCACCACACUUCACAGAAAAUCCCACUACAAAAAGUCUGGAUAUUGCUUUUGUUGUUGAAGGAUCUGACAAUGUCGGACAGGAAAAUUUCAAUAUCAUCAAGAAGUUCCUUGAGAAGGUGCUCAUAGAAAUGAAUAUAGGACAAGAAAAUAUUCAUGUUACUGUCAUGCAGUAUUCAGACACUAUCACUCUGGAGUAUUCCUUUAGGGAAAUACAGUCUAAAGAAAGUAUUAUUGAGAAAGUGAGGAGUAUACCCUACCAAGGAGGGAAGGCCACCAACACUGGGCAUGCCCUUGACUAUAUUUCCAAACAUACAUUUACAUCAGCAAAUGGGGGCAGGCAGAAUGUGCCUCACUUGGUAUACAUGGUGUCAUCCAAUCCUUCCACUGAUGUUAUAACACGACAUCCUAUGAGCAUAAAUGUUAUUCCCAUAGGCAUAUCUCCCAGUGCAAAUGUCCAAGAGCUCAGAAUGAUUAGUCAGCCUAAUAGACCAAUAAUCUUACAAAGUUACAGCACACUUAUUGAAGAAGCACCUGAAUUAGUGUUGCAGUCAUGCUGCUCUCAUAAAGCUUGGACAGAAAUACCAGAGUUGUGCAACAAACCUAUGGAUGUCAUGUUUCUUCUGGAUGGAAGUCCCAGUAUUGGAGUAUCAGAGUUUGAGGAAAUGAAAAACUUUGUACAGGCAUUUAUUGAAAGUGCUGAUAUCAGCAAUACAUCAGUUCAUGUGUCUGUUCUCCAGUAUGCCAGGGAAAAUAAUCUAGAAAUUUCAUUGAACAAGCCUCAGGAGACUGAAAAUCUCAUCAAGAUGGUGCACUCAAUUAAACAGAGGGAACAAGGUCCUACCAGACUGGGCAAAGCCAUUGACUUUGUAGUUCAGAAUGCGUUGUCAGAAUCCUAUGGAGGGAGACCUGGCGCAUCAAAGGUGAUAAUAGUCAUUGUGUCAGGGAAAUCAGAAGACACCAUGGAGACUGCUGCACUCAUUGCAAGAAUGAACAGUAAAUCUCAUUUCACUGACAUUAUUUUUAAGCAGAGUUGUUGUUUUUUUAAUGUAAUUUGCUAGAACAAAAGAUGAAAA